AUGCAAAUCACAUCCUUGUUAGUGUUGUUCGUGGGAGUAGUUGUUUUAGUCACUCCCUCUUUCGCAGAUUACUACAAACCGCCCAAGUAUGAAACUAAGCCACCUUAUUUCAAGCCUCCUAAGGUAGAGAAGCCAUUCCCAGAACACAAGCCUCCAGUCUACAAGCCUCCAAAGAUUGAGAAGCCACCAGUCUACAAUCCACCAAAGAUUGAGAAGCCACCAGUCUACAAGCCUCCAAAGAUUGAGAAGCCACCAGUCUACAAUCCACCAAAGAUUGAGAAGCCACCAGUAUACAAGCCACCAAAGAUUGAGAAGCCACCAGUCUACAAGCCUCCAAAGAUUGAGAAGCCACCAGUCUACAAUCCACCAAAGAUUGAGAAGCCACCAGUAUACAAGCCACCAAAGAUUGAGAAGCCACCAGUCUACCAGCCUCCAAAGAUUGAGAAGCCACCAGUCUACCAGCCUCCAAAGAUUGAGAAGCCACCAGUCUACAAUCCACCAAAGAUUGAGAAGCCACCAGUCUACAAGCCUCCUGUUAUAGUGAAGCCACCACCCUUUCACAAGCCAUUGCCACCUUAUGGUCACUAUCCGGGACACCCUCCAGUUGAAAAUGCUGAAUAUAUCAAGCCAAAAAACUGA